UUAGGUGAUGGUAAAGAAAAAUCUGAACUCUCAUGGGAUGUAAGGUUUAGCAUUGCGAUCAAGAUUGCGGAAGCCUUAAAUUACCUGCACAACGAAUGUUCUCCGCCUGUUAUUCAUAGAGAUGUCAAAUCAUCAAACAUUCUUCUAGCAGACGAGUUUCAACCACAGUUAUCUGAUUUCGGGCUUGCAAUAUGGGGACCGACGUCUUCAUCUUUCAGGAAUCAAGGCGACGUAGUUGGAACAUUCGUGUAUCUUGCUCCGGAAUAUUUUAUGUAUGGGAAAGUCAGUGACAAGAUUGAUGUGUAUGCCUUUGGUGUAGUUCUACUUGAGUUGUUAUCAGGAAGAAAACCAAUUGGAUAUCAAAUUCCCAAAGGCCAGGAAAGCUUGGUGAUGUGGGCAAAACCAAUAAUUGACAGUGAGAAUGUAAAGGGUAUAUUAGACCCAAAUUCAGAUGAAAAUCUUGAUGAGGCUCAAAGGCAAAGGAUGGUUCUUGCAGCAAAUCUCUGCAUCACACGGGCAGCUAGGCUGCGUCAAAAAAUGAAUGAGGUUCUGAAGCUUCUACGAGGCGAUAAAGAUGCAGUGACGUGGGUGACACUUCGGAAAAAGGAUCUCGACGAUCUUGACAACCAAGAUGGUAAUGAUGAUGCAGUUUAUCCAGAUUCUUGUGCAGAGUCACACUUGAAUCUUGCAUUGCUUGAUGUGGAUGAUGAUUUGAUAUCGUUUAGUAGUUUCGAGCGUGGAAAUCUUCAAUACAUUGAAGAAUACAUGAAAGAUAGAUGGAGCAGAUCAUCAAGCUUUGAUUAGUUUUCUUUCAUUUUUGUUCCUUUUUGCUGCUUGUUGCAUGGCAUCUUUCUGAUUUUGUCCCUUGCAUAUUCUGCAGAGAGGAUUUCUUGAGCAACCUUACAAUUCUGUUAAGACUUGUAAUAUAGAGGGGAAUAGAAAUGUAAGUACCCCAUGGUGAGGCGUUUUUGUAGUAGUAGAUUUGUAGUAUCAUCCUGUUCAAAAUGAAAAUAUCUAAUGAACAGGAACUAGAGGGUGUUCUCAAAAAUGUUGCUCCAAUCUGACCUAGCUAGCAAGCAAUCCCAGUUUACGACAGAGAACAAACGUAUCUUUGUUUACUUCUGCUCCGGCAAGCACUAAAGUUUAAGAAUAAUUGUAGAUUGGCGGCUACCUAA